AUGCCGACAUCCGAAGGCGUUACAGCGAGCGCAAAAUUUCCGAAUUUCUUGGAGGGAGCGGUCAAUAUUGGACAGCGGACUAUUGAUUCGCGGGUAGGCUACACCGGAGGGACGGGGAGAGGUGGAAAGAAGCACGGGGCUGGAGUGCAAGAGUGGCCAGAUGGCUCCAGAUACGUAGGGGAGUUUGUGAAUGGCCUGAAGCAUGGCAAGGGGGUUUUCACCUGGGCAAACGGGGAGUUCUAUGACGGCUCUUUCUAUAAAGAUUAUCGGCAUGGCAACGGGACAUACUCCUGGCCAGGGGGGUCCAGGUUCACAGGGAAAUUUUAUCGGAAUCGCAAGGAGGGGUAUGGAACUCAGCACUUAGCGGAUGGCACUGUGUUUCAGGGGCUGUACCGUGCGGACGAGCGUUUCGGGCCGGGCGUGGCCACAUACCCAGACGGCCGCCAGGACGUUGGACUGUGGCACAGGGAGCGCCUGUGGAAGCUGUGCACCCGGGUGGGUGGAGCCUUCUCCCUGAGCGCCGUCCCGGGGUACGCGGCCUGGGUCACCCCCGGGAGGAAGGCUGGUUCCGGGGGCCCUGCAGACCCCUCGGUCCUCCCCCACCGGGAACGGCCAGAGGCUGCGCCUUUUGUGUUGCCCCCCGGGAUGGAGACGUACUCCACAGACUCAGACCAUCUGCCCCUCCCUCACUGCACCCGGAAGGAGCUGGAUCAACAUUUUUUCCAGGGGCGGGGCUGUGACCCUGAUGUGGACCCGCCCGUCUCUGGGUGUCUGCCUCUCCAGCGGCGGAUGCAGGCUCACAUUCACAGGCACAGGUUCGAGGCAGAGGCACAGGACUGGGAUGUGGCUGCUGUGCUGUCAGGUGACCGUGAGCGCUUCGGUCUCAAAGGCCCCCUGGAGCUGACCUCGGAGUGCCUGAUCUUGGCGGCCUCGCGGGGGGACCUGCAGAGCAUGCACGGGAUCCUGAAGGAGGGGGCGGUGCACCCAGACGUGGGCGACACCACGGGCCACACAGCACUCGUGGCAGCGUCUAUGAAUUGCCAUAAUGAUGUGAUUCACUUGCUGCUGGAUUGCGGCGCUGAUGUGAACAAACUGACCGGCCAGGGCAUGUCAGCUCUGGCGGUGUGCAGCGUGCUGUAUUACCCUUUCGCCUCGCUCCAUAAGACCGUGGCUGAAAGAGCUUUGCACGAAACCCUCCCCGGCUCACAGGAUUGCGAGACGCAGCCGCCACUAGGAAGCAGUCCUCAGGAAAGCACUGUCGAGGCAGAGGCAAAAUGGAGCACUGCCCAGAAUGAAGAGACUGACCCCACCAACCCAGCUGAUCCGACUGGCAUCAUUACUGGCCGGGUAAACUGCAAGCCCUCAAGCACCUCUGGGCCUGAGGUGCGGUCCAUCCAGGUGCUGGAUGGGCAGAUCCAGGUCGGCUCCGUCGCCUGGCCCGAGAGCGGCGGUAGGCUGGAGGAGGAGUUCAGCACCACAGGCGACAGUGCCUUUGACUCGGCCCUCUCGCAGGCCAGCCUCCGGGUCUGGGUGACAGAGAACGCCCUCCAGCAGACGGCCGAGGCUCUCAGCCGCGCGAGUCUGGCAUGGCCCGCCGACACCCAGGAGACAGUCCGUAAGAUGGCCCACAUGAAGACUGAGCACAGAGCCAGGUGGGCCACCAUGAAGCUGCUGUUGGGGAGGGGGGGUGACCCCAACACCUCCUGCGUCCCCAUGCCCAUCCUCUUCCUGGCCGUCAAGGCCAGGCACGUCCAGGCUGUGAGGCACCUGCUGGAGUGUGGCGCCCGUACAGACGUGCCCCUGCCACCUGAGGAAAAGGGGCUGUACCCUCUGCACAUCGCUGCCGGCCUGCCAGGGCCUGAGGGGCCCAGGAUCACAGAGCUGCUGCUGCACGCCCUGGCAGACCCCGACGUGCGAGCGCGGGAUGCAGAUGAGGUCUUUGAGCUGGACGAGGUGACCGCAGGGAACUUCGUUAACGCUGUUACAGGAGAACCAGGCCACCAGGAGCCGCCCGAGGAAGGCGGGAGGACACCCUUACAUGUGGCCUGCCAGAGGGACACAGAUCACGCUGUGGCCAGGGAUGUGGUGUCCUUGCUGCUGUCCCAUAAAUCCAACACCAACCUUCUGUGGAGCGGGCACUCUGCCCUCUCUCUGGCCAUCGCCAGUGGCAAUGACCUGGCUGUGGACGAGCUUCUAGCCUGGGGAGCUGACCCCAACCUACCCCUGACCCGUCAUGUGGGGAGCGCCCUGUGUGCCGUGGCCAACAUCAACUACAACUGCAGGCAGCAUCCGCAGAGCAGAAUCAAGCUGCUGGAGAAACUGAUCAAAGCUGGUGCCAACAUCCUGAUGCCAGUUGUGUACGGAGAGGGGCGCAGGAGUGCAGUGGGCACUGCGGUGGACUAUGCCUACUACGCCUUCCAACAGGAUGCCCGGAUCGCCCACACCCCUUACCACGCCCUAAGUUCCAAGGAGCGGGAGGUGUACAAUGCGCGGCGGCUGCUGCUGGCCCAGAUGGGCGACCUGCUGCGGCGGGCGGCGGUGGGGGCGGAGCGUCAGCGACUGGAGAGGGAGCAGAGUCUGGGUGUGCGCAGUGAGUCUGUGGUAUCAGUCCCAUGGAAAAGUUCCUGUAUAUCGGAGCAGGUGCCACCCCUCCAGGGGAAGCCUCUGUUCAGAUACUGCUACCAGUGCGGCCGCUCGGCGGGUGUGACCCUGGCACCUUGCAGCCGCUGCCGCGAGGUCUUCUACUGCGGCAAGGCGUGCAAGAUGAAGGCCUGGAAUGACCGCCACAAGGACGAGUGCAUCCGCGUUUCAGCCUCCAAAGAGUCGAGCAAAAGGCAGGAGCUGCACACCCAGGAAAGACAGGGCCAAGACGGCCGCCGCACCCCAGCAGGGAAGCGCGGCAACCGCCGCAAGGGCACGGACAGCUGCGUGGACACCGGGGGUCACGCACGCAGCGCGCUGUUCAAGGGCAGUGUCAAACAGCGGAGGGCGCUCAAACAGGAGGCAGCGCUGGACAAGUUCAUCAGUGCCUGGGCUGUGCCUGCAGUUGGCCUCGUCUUUCUGGGCGCCUGA